UGGCCUUAUUGAGCCCUUUUCUGGAGGUGCCAGGUCCUUCUCCCCGCGCCUUUAGGAGGGGGGCAGAGAAAGGGGGCGGACAUGUCUUACUUGUUUUGGAAAGUGCAUAAGAGUAGGAGUGUGGCUGCUGCCUCACAUCCCAAUGAAGAGGACGUCAAUUGCUUGUUUUAUGAAUGGAGUAUGCUGGAGUCACAGCCCUGAAAGAGCCCCAUUUCCCCCAAUCUUAUAUAAUGGGGAACAAGUCAGUGUUGCCAAAGGCCCAUUCCUAUUGUAUAAGGUAAUUAAAGUUGUCAGGAUGGUGCUGAACUCCAAGUUACUGUACACUGCAGACAACUCCAGCUGCUGCAGAACUGCAGCUCCCAGCAUGCCGGGAAGUGGACUCCUGCAACAGCUGGCCUGCAAGACAGUGCCUGUUCCUAAAGUUAUACAGCUGCAGCCAGUGGGUUCAAUAGGAAGCUUACAGAAUGAUUUGGAUAGACAGUUAACCUAAUUAAGUUGUAGUUGGGUGGUAUCAGUUUAUUUUUUAAUUAUCUGAACUCUUAGAAUGAUGCAACUUGCUGACCUGUCGUUCUAAUACCUGCCAUGCGAACUGUGCUGGUUACUAAGUUUUCUAAACACCAGUUACCUUAUAUAGAACGUGUGCAAAGCAAAGUUUUUAUAGGUACAUUUCCCCUUGAAUAAUAAGAGCAUGCACUGUCAGAAUUUCCAUUCUGUGGUGGCUGUGCUCUAUUUUUACUGUUCAGGAGGAUCUAGCUGGUGGUGAUGAACAGCUUCGGAAGUGCUGUGGCUUGUUUAAAGAGCUAUUUAUGUCCCUCUCCCCCUGUCCCCAAGUUAAAAGCCGUGCUCCCCCUCCUUAAUCCGCAGUCUGAUCACACACUCGGGUUCUUAAUGGGGUUUUCAGAGAACGCUUAGAGAGCUGGGGGCUGGGAAGGGGAAGGCAGGCAGGGGAAACCUACACACUACUUGCAGUCCACAGCACGUUAUGCAUGGGGCCCAGGAACAGAACUGGAAAGCAGGAUUUCAGAUGUGUUCUCAGCCCACAGGUGUGAAAACUCUUCAGAGUACUGAUGGAGACGAGAGUACAAAAUGGCAACGUAUCCCAGCCUUUGCUCCCGGCUCGGCGUGACAGUGAAAGAUUACAUAGUGAUGCUGACCCACGUGAAAUUCUGACACAACAAGUUCAUGUUUUGUCUUUGGAACAAAUAAGAGCCAUAAGAAACACUAAUGAAUACACAGAAGGGCCUACAGUGGCUCCACGCCCUGUGAUUAAAUCUGCUCCACGACAGACUACGCCACACAAAAAUGAAAGAAUACAUGUGGUAAAUGAGCAGCGACCUUUUGUCAGGAGUCCACUUCCACCAAUGCAUUCCUUGUCUCAGGCACCUUUGUCACGAUCAGUCGGUACAGUCACUUCAUCUUGCCGGAGCAAUACGAGGACAAGUAGCAGUUCUACAGAGCAAAGGCUUCUUGUGCCACCAUUUACAUCUUCAGGGUUGGUUGCAGACCGAAUAAUAAGAGUACAACCCAAACCUGAGCUGAAAUCAGACAUUUUAAAGCCCUCUAGUAAAGAGGAAUUGGGCUUACAUUCAUUAAGGUGUGAGGACUGUGGGAAAUGUAAGUGCCAAGAAUGCACUUAUCCAAGGACUCUCCCAUCUUGUUGGAUUUGUGACAAGCAGUGCCUUUGCUCAGCCCAGGAAGUUGUUGACUAUGGAACCUGUGCUUGCUGUGUGAAGUGCCUAUUCUAUCACUGUUCAAAUGAUGACGAGGAUAAUUGUGCAGACAACCCAUGUUCUUGCAGUCAGUCCCACUGCUGCACUCGAUGGUCUGCCAUUGGUGUCAUGGCCUUGUUCUUGCCUUGUUUGUGGUGUUACCUUCCAGCCAAGGGUUGCCUUAAAUUGUGCCAGGGCUGUUACGACCGCACAAAUAGACCCGGAUGUCGCUGCAAAAGAUCAAACACAGUUUGCCUUAAAGUUCCACACCUUCAGCCUAGGAACUUAGAAAAACCAACAUAGCACAGGUGAACGGACGUUUAUAAAGAACAUAACUUCCUUUUAACACUCAAAUGCAACCAUCUUGUUACAUUUAGGAAAAAAAGCUUUGGGAUAGGAUUGCCUGUUUGCAGUGAAAUACUUAUGCAUCAACGGAUUUAGGCUUAAUAGAGAACCUCUAAUAAAGCUUACAGUAGGAUUUGGUGUUCUGUGACGACUAUUGUGUACGCUAUUGCAGCACAGACACUCCUAUGUAACAUUGUAUUGUUUGUGAAUAGUACUUGGAACAUUUGUAAAAUUUGCAAAUGGCUUUUUUUUGUCAGAGAUAUUAUGUUAUAUUUUUGUACAUAAACCAUAUUUACAACUGUGAAAAAAGUGCCAUUUUUUGAUGGCAUGGUCACAAAAUUUACUAAUGUACAUUCAAAAGAAUGUGAAUCAAUCAGUAUGGUUAGAUUGUCCUUCGCUUUCUGGAACUUUUAAUAUUACCAGACUUCUAUUCUUUGGAUCUUAUGUAUAUUGUACAGUUACACUGUAAGAUUCAGCCUUUAUUUUCUAAUGUUUCAAUAUUGUUUAGUGUAAAGUAUAUUUAUUUGAAGUUUUAUUAUUUUAUAAAGAGAAAUAUUUAUUUUAUGAAGCAUCUUACAAAUGUCUCCCCUUUUUAUGAUGUCAGUUUCUGCAAAUUGGGGGUGACUGAGACAUAUGUUCACUAUAAAAUAGAAAUAUAUUAACGUCUGAAAACAAAA